AGAGCCUAGUGCCUUUUUUUCCCUCUUAUACUUAAAGUUUUACACAUUGAUCAUUUAAGUUUUUAAUCAUAGGAUAAUAACAAAAACACCUUGCCCAUGGUUUCAUAGCUAGUGAGUGGUAUUAAGACUUAUGCCUGGUUAAUUUGGCUUCGAAUACUGUAUAAUUUCUACGUUUCUGCAUUGACCCUUGCCUUGCAUAGCUUGUAGGAAGCACUUCCAUCCUCACCAUCUUUGUUCUCUGCCAGUUAAAAUUCAUUGAAUCACUGUAGUUUUUGUUGUAGAGAAUUAGGUCUUAAGGGACUUGCCUAUAAGGGAGCAUGACUGCUGAAGCCUUCUAAAUCCUCUAUACUGUAAGUGUGAUCUGUGGAAUCAUGAAUCUUAAUUGUUCCUAUGAGCUCUUGGAGUUUUCUUGGCUGUCAGGAUAGCAUAGUGAGUCGUGGAGGGUGUUCUGGUCAAGACUGCUGAGUAGGUGCACGUAGGAACCUCUCCUUUCCAUUUCAGAUAUAUAAGAAUAAUAAAUGAAAAUUAUUUUUUUAAAUAUAAGGAUACAUAGCCAGCUAUAGACCAGGGAUAGAAAAGAUAGCUGUCAUAGUAAGAGGAGAGUAAAGCGUGCCUUGUCCUUGUCGGGAGAUUGUAGAUGGGCUUCCCGUAUGAAGUUGUGGUAUCAUUUGCCUGUAGCCUGGGGAAAAAGCAGAGGGACUGGUCUGACUAUAGGAACUGGGCCUGGACUGUAUUCAGGUGUGGUGUUUUGAGGGGCGAAAACCCUAAAUCCUAGUGCGAGACCUGGUUUAAAUUGUACAGCCUAGAAAACUGAGCUAGGGGAACCAUGAAGCCAUCCUGACAUCAUGAAACACUCAUGACAGUGAGCACUGUGUAGAGAAGAAUCAUUCAAAGUAAAAGGAAGCCCAUACAAGGAAAUCCAGUGCUGUGAGAUAAUCAACAGACCUAACAAGUGGGAGAACUCCCACCCAAAGAAAUAGAAAUAAUGGAGCCAUCUGAAACAGGAUUUAACGUUUGUUUACGAUUUUCAAAAAGGUAAAGGAGGGAAUAACAUCCUUAAAAGGAGAACACGAGAUUAUUAACAUGAGCAACCCCAUGAAAAAGAAAAAGUUGGGAAUCUUGACAAUUAAAACUACAAUAAUUGAAGUCCUAGAGCCCAAUAAAUUGGAUAAACAGUCAACUAGACAAGCUGAAGAGAGAAUUUGUGAAUUGAAAGCUAGAAGUGAGACUGAUCACAAAAUGCAGGACAAAAAUAUAGUGUUGCAAACUAGGAAGACAGCAUGGAUUGAGAAGGUCCAAUAUAGGUCCAAUAGGAACUCUAGAAGGAGAUUAGAAGUAGUAGAGAAGAAGUAAAGAGAUAAUACUAAGAAUUUUCCAGACUUGAAUAAAGCCUUCAGAUUGAAGAAGCUUAUGGAGUGCCAAAUAAAUCAACUUCUAUUUAUAGUAAAAUUACAGAAUGUUAAGGAUAAAGAGAAAUCUGAAAAGCUACAGAAAGAGAUUACCCAUGAAAAAUGAUAACCUGAUGACAACUGACUUCUUUACAGCAGUAGAAGAUGAAAAACUACAGUAAAAGAGCUGAGGGAAAGCUCUUGUCAAAGAAGAAUUCUAUAUCCAGAAAAACUCGUUCCAGAGUGAGGGUGAAAUAAAAACCUUUUCACAUGUAUGGGACCUAGGGUAUCAAGAAUAACUUUGGAUGAAGUUACAGAAUACCCAAUUAACUGUGGCUAACCAAUAAGAGCAUUUAAUAACUAAGUAGCAAAAAAUCUGGGGGUGAAAGAUCCUAGAAUGGCUAACUGGCUUGAUGAUGGUUUAGCAUUUGUGUAAUUCUCAUAGUCUCAAGAUGGCCAUGUUAGUUUCAAGCAUCAUGCCUCAUGUGACAGUAACCAAAGCAGGAAAAGUAGUGGCAGGUGAAAAUGGGCCACCUUGUUUGCUUCUCUCUUACCAGGGAGGAAAGUUUUUCCUAGAGACCCUUCAGAAGAAUUCCUCUUAAAUUUCAUUGGCUGGAACUAGGUCAUAUGCUUACUACUAGUUCAGUCACUGGAGAUAGAAAUCCUGCAACUGGCUUGGACCACCAUGCUUUAUCCCCAGGGACCAAGCAUUUGCCACCCUCACAAAUCGGGGGUUAUCGUAUCAAGGAAGAAGGGUCAGUGGUUGGAUCUUCCACAUAUGGUCAGCAGUUGUCUUUCCCUGGCACACACAAAAAAGUUUUAGGCAACAUUUAAGUAUCAUUAUACUAGUUUUGCCAAUAUAAGGGAUUCUGAUGGAAUGGAAAUUUUUUGUGUGUGCUCUACAUAGAUUUUUUUUUAAAGUUUUCUGUGACUUUCACAUUGAAACAAUCCUUGAGCAUCACUUUGUUAGCUAGAGCACUCAGCUACUUUGACGUAUUAGGUGGCACUGUUAUGAUCUUUUUUUUCACUAAGACAGUAUGAAGAAACAGGUGUGUUUGGGAAAAAUGAAAGACAGUUUACUCAUUAUUUCACUGACAGCCAUCCAGAAUUUCAGUGAAAAUUAAUCUAUGCAAGAUGAUGAUAUCUCAUUUAACCAUCACAAUUGUCUUGUAGUAGUAUUGUUGUCAUUUUACAGGUCCUAUGGCAGCGUGUACAAAGCUAUUCAUAAAGAGACAGGUCAGAUUGUUGCUAUUAAGCAAGUUCCUGUGGAGUCAGACCUGCAGGAGAUAAUCAAAGAAAUCUCUAUAAUGCAGCAAUGUGACAGCCCUCACGUAGUCAAAUAUUAUGGCAGUUAUUUUAAGAACACAGACUUGUGGAUUGUGAUGGAGUACUGUGGGGCUGGUUCUGUGUCUGAUAUCAUUCGAUUACGAAAUAAAACGUUAACAGAAGAUGAAAUAGCUACAAUAUUACAGUCAACACUUAAGGGACUGGAAUACCUUCAUUUUAUGAGAAAAAUACACCGAGAUAUCAAGGCAGGAAAUAUUUUGCUGAAUACAGAAGGUCAUGCCAAACUUGCAGAUUUUGGGGUAGCAGGUCAACUUACAGAUACCAUGGCCAAGCGAAAUACAGUGAUAGGAACACCAUUUUGGAUGGCUCCAGAAGUGAUUCAGGAAAUUGGGUACAACUGUGUGGCAGACAUCUGGUCGUUGGGAAUAACAGCCAUAGAAAUGGCUGAAGGAAAGCCCCCAUAUGCUGAUAUCCAUCCAAUGAGGGCAAUCUUCAUGAUUCCUACCAACCCACCUCCCACAUUCCGAAAGCCAGAACUGUGGUCAGAUAGCUUCAUGGAUUUUGUGAAGCAGUGUCUCAUAAAGAGCCCUGAGCAGAGAGCCACAGCCACUCAACUCCUACAGCACCCAUUUGUCAAGAGUGCCAAAGGAGUGUCCAUACUGCGGGAUUUAAUUAACGAAGCCAUGGACGUGAAGCUGAAACGCCAGGAAGCCCAGCAGCGGGAGGUAGACCAGGACGAUGAAGAAAACUCAGAGGAGGAUGAAAUGGAUUCAGGCACGAUGGUCCGAGCAGCGGGGGACGAGAUGGGCACCGUCCGAGUAGCCAGCACCAUGAGUGACGGGGCCAAUACUAUGAUCGAACAUGAUGACACGUUGCCAUCCCAGCUGGGCACCAUGGUGAUCAACUCAGAGGAGGAGGAAGAGGAAGGCACUAUGAAAAGAAGGGAUGAGACCAUGCAGCCUGCAAGACCAUCUUUUCUUGAAUACUUUGAACAAAAAGAAAAGGAAAAUCAAAUCAACAGCUUUGGCAAGAGUGUCCCUGGCCCACUGAAGAACUCUUCAGAUUGGAAAGUUCCACAGGAUGGAGACUAUGAGUUCCUGAAGAGUUGGACAGUGGAGGACCUUCAGAAGAGGCUCGUGGCCCUGGACCCCAUGAUGGAGCAGGAGAUUGAAGAGAUCCGGCAGAAGUACCAGUCGAAGCGGCAGCCCAUCCUCGAUGCCAUUGAGGCCAAGAAGCGGCGGCAGCAAAACUUCUGAGGGAGGCCAGGCCGGCAGGGCCCCAGGCCGACGGUGAACUCUGGCUCGCUCGCCCCUCCAGCUGCCUCCAUCUCUCCAGCCCCUCUGUGAACUCAGGAACGUGCGCCAGGGGCCGGGGCUGCCGUGCCGGUCAGCGCGCCGCCCUGAUGCGUGUUUUUAAACUGGGCGGUUAUAUCAUUUCAGAGGAUUCAUGUGGGCGCUUUGAAACUCAAGAGUUUUCAACCCCAGAAACAGAGACUCCUAGUUGAGUGAGAGCUGGGAAAGUGUCCCAUUGUCUUUUGUUUUUCUUCUCCCAGUAGCUUUCAGUGGUUCUUUCUGGAGGACUUUAAAAUAUAUAUAUAAAUAUGCAUAUAUAUAUAUAUAUAUAAAUUAUAACUAGAUUCCCCACAUGGCGUGGUGGCAUCUCUGUAUAGGUACAGUUUUAAACAGUUGCCUCUUUUCUGUAAGAUUAUGGUACUAUGGGACAUGAGGGCAGAGAACACCAGGAGACUGCUGGGGGCACUGUACCCCCUGGAGCCAACCCCACCCUUUUGCAGGGCUGCACUGACAGAUUAGGUUGGGGCCUUUCCCUUUACCAUGCUUUCAGCCUUGUGCAGGCCAUCCCUGGCUUCUGGAGCUAUCAGUGAUGCCUAAGGGAAAGCCUUGAGCACUGGUGUUUACUUUCUGAGUCCCAGGAGAAGCCUAGCACACUCCUCGCAAGACUGGCCUUUGCAGUUUCAGCGCCUUUCAUCCACCUCCACUCUCCCAACUGCCUAGAGUCACAGCAAAGACACUGCCCAGUGCCUUAAGAGGAGACGUGAUCCAGCAAGGGGACAGGCCUGCCAGGAACUCCUAGCAAAGUGGAGCUGUGUUCAGUCUGCAAAAGGGAAAAGGUUUUUGAAGUUCUCAUCAUCCAUGUGAAGAUUACACAUGUGGCAUUUUGCUCCACAUUCCUUACAGACGGGUAGAGGGCAUUGCUUUUGAGAUCCACAUUCAAACAUGUGACUGUUUUCUUUUUCAUUUUACUGCUACGGGUCUGGAAAGGGUAAAUGAAUAUCAGACUAAGAUUUGCUCUCCAGGAGACUCCACCCAGACCCGUCAAAUGCCAGAGCUGGAAGGGAACCAUAGACAUCAUCUGGUCUAGCAGAGGCUUAGAGAGGAGAAGUGACAUGGCCCAAAUCACAAAGCAAAUUAAAGUAAGAGCUAGAACUGGGCUUUGGGGCUCCUCACUCCUGCUUCACGGAACCAAGCAGCCCCUUCCUGGAGGGAAGGCACUUGUGUCAGUUUUGGUGAAGUUGUUUCAGGGAAUCCUGCUAAUGGAAACUUGCUCUUGCUUUGUCUCUUCAGUAGGCGACUGGCUGUGAAGAGAUUCCCAAGGGGAGCCAGAUCGUUCAGUUUCAGCCAUUCCAUGAGCUCCACAGCAUCUGCUGGGCAGCAGACAGGCAUCACGCGGGCAGAUGUGGGGCCUAAAGCAGAUCAGAGGGCUUUGCAACAGACAGCACUGAGCCAUCCCUCUGGAGCCUUGGCUCAAGGCCACAUGCCACUUACUCACACAGCCAAGAGCAGACAGUUGGGAAAGACAACUGUCUUUUUGUUUUCUAGUACCUCUUCCCCUCAGAUAGGGGAGCUAUGACUAGGUUGCACCUAAGGAUACUGUAAUUUGAUUCCAUUAUUGCUUUUGCUACCCAAACCUGGGGACCAGUGGAGAGUCAGGGAAUGUUCCUCUUCUGUGGCUGGAUUCUGUUCUUUACAAUUACAGCAAG